AACGCAUUUUGUAAUAAUUUAUUAUAUGUGUAACGUGUUUUUAAAAAUUAAAAUCUUUGUCGUUCCAUAUUAAUGUAAAUUAUAUUUUAUAUGGUUUCAACUUUAAAUUUAAGAACUAGUAGCAUAUUAACAUAAUAUUAUGAUGGAUUUAAAAUUCGUUAAUAUUAAAUUGUGCUUAAAAUUGUUCAUCAUAUUGAAAUUGUUUAUUCAGGAAUCGAGUACGUAAAUGAAAUUAAAUCUACUGUUUUAUUUUAUUACUUUGUAAUGUUUCUGUUUUAAUUGAAUAGCUAAAAAUGUAAAUUUAUGUACUCGAACAUCAUAUUACCUAUGAUGUUAGGUAAAAUUAUGUAGAUAAAAUGUUUAUGUUAUAGAUUCAGCAAGUGUUACUCUAGCUAAUUUAAAUACUAUAUGCUGUAUUGAUACCGGAACAAACGAAAUAACUAAUAUAAAUGAUGCGUUACCAUAUUGUACAGCAAUAGCUACAUUUAGUGGAAAUGACCAGAGUAAGUAUUUACAUAAAAUAAAAAAUUGUAUUAAACGUUAAACUUUAUAAAUCAGUAUAUAAUGUCACAUAUAUUUGUAUAACGUUAGGAAAAAUAUAUUUUUUUUAAACUGCUUAAUAAUAUUGAGUAUAUGUUCACUUUUUAUAAUUUGCUAUUUUUUCCCUUUAUCUGUCUAAGACGACUUCGAGGUAGCCCGACCUAUAAUUUAUUCCAUGGCCUGACUAAAAGUUAUUAAAUAAAAAUAUUGACUAGGUACAAUAGAAAAAUAAAUAUUCAUGAUACACUGCAAUUAAUAUUAUCAAUAUUGCCCGAUAAUUUAAUAUUAGGAAUAUUGUUAUUCCCAAAAAAUAAAAUUUAUAAUAUAAUAUGAUUAAUGAAUCAUUAAGAAAUUCUGUUAUUUUCAAUUUUGAUGAAAACAUUUUUUUGGUUCCUUAAAUAUGCUUAGAAAUUUGAUUCAAAGUUCAUUAAAAGCUGUUCUUAUCGGGGAGUGAAAACGAUUUGAAAAAACGUGGAACCACUUCACGGAACAAAUUAAAUCGUUUUUUAAGUCAAAAAACGAAAUUUUCUUACACGAUUUUAUUUCCUGGUUUUUAUGGCCAAAAUAAAUAUUAAAAUCUGAAUUUACGACUUUUUUUUUUAAUCAAAAUUUCAAACUCCAAUCAAAAUUGUUCUUUGUUUAUAAUGAUUCAUCGUUGCAUACUGAUAUUAACUAAAUUAUACCUAUGAUGCUUUGGCACAUCUGUCUUUAAUAAUAUCUAGGGUGUCCCACUAUGAUCUACCACUUGAAAUAACUUUUGUUCUGUUCAAUAUUUUGAUAUAUAUAUUUUUUUUUUGAAAUAAUGAGUAUGCCUCUGCGCUACAGUUUAUAUUUGAAUAAUUUUAAGGGGAGGGGGUGUUAAAAUAAAAAAUUUUUAAUACUAAUUAAAAUUUUGAAAAAUAGUUUUUUAGAAAAUGUUUGGUGAUUGAAACUUUUGUAAAAGUAUGGUCGUUUUAUACGAUUUUUUGAAGUUUUUGCAAAUGUGAAUAUUACCUAUAGUAAAGAUUAUUCUUCUACAAUAUUUAAUCAGUUAUUAGUCGGGGUACAUGACGAGGAUUUACUAUUCCAUGAGCUAAUACCAUGCAAUAAUAUUACCUUAUUAUAGUUAAUGAGUAUUGAAAAAUUAAAUUUAUAAUGGUCAUUUAUGUUGAUAAACAAUAUUGUUAUGGUUGAAAAGAAAAUUAUUAAAAUGGUCAUAAAAUUGUAGAAAAUAAAAAAUCAUACUUAUAAACAAAAGUUUCAAUCACCAACAAUUUUCUAAAAAUCUAUUUUACAAAAUAACUGUUUUGAAUUUUUUAAAAAAAGUUUUAGUAAAAUUUUACAUUUUUUUAUUUUAAGUCCCUGCUGUAAAAAAAAAAGUGCAAAUAUAAACUGUAGCACAGAGGCUUACUUAUUAUUUAAAAAAAAUAUACAUCAAAUAUACUAAAUAGAACAAAAGUUUUUUCAAGAUAAUCGUGAAAAACCUGUAUAAUAAUUCAAAACACUGACGAGGUUGCUAUUGAAAUUUCAAAAUAUCAAAUUUCCUUUGUUUUAUGUGAAUAAAUUGUGGCUUAUUUCCUUUUGGAAAGAACAAUAGGUUUCAUAUACUAAUGUUUCGAAGUCCUGUAUACGACACCUUAGAUAUGUCAAAUUGUUCGAGAUAUUUUACCUAGCCAGUAAAUAUUUUAUUCACAUUAUUCAAUGUUGUAAUUUGUAGCCAUUAUUCUGUCUUAAAGAAAAUAUUUUUUUAUAAAAAAUCUUAUCCUGGGGACGGGUUUUUACUAUUGUAAGUGGGAAGUUGGAAUUGUAGGAUACAUGAUGUUGUUUAAUAUAUAACUGUAAGUAACGAAAAACCAUUGCUAGCAAAAAAAGUUUCGAAAUAAAUUUCGGUUAACAUGUUUUAAAAAACUAAAAUAUUAUUUAAAUUUUAAAGUUUUCAUCGAAAUUUGAUUUAAAAAACUUUUAAAAAAACUAAAUAACACUCAACUUUUUUUUUACUAUUAAGUACGGCUUAUAAUGAACAUCCUGUUAAAUUUUAAAGUAUUUCUGUUUGGUCCAAACAUUUUAUCAACAGAGUAGUAACUAGGUAACCUACCGAAUAAAAAUUACGUAAAAAACAUCGAAAAAUUAAAAUGUCUAUCUGCAAUACCUCAAACGGAUUAGAUGUUUCAAACAUUUUGCCACGUCUAAAAAAUACAAAUAUGAGUUUUCUGUGAAUUAAAAAUUAAUUUAAACUUAAUUACAAAAAAAAAAUUGAAAAUAAUAAAAGGUGUGGAACCAACCUUGGUGCAAAAAGGGUCAAUGUCACAAUUGUGAUUGAAGAGAAAUGGGAUUUGAAAUUUUAAUUCUCCGUGUAUUUUAUUAUAAAAAACCAUUUAUACAUAUAGUAAACAAUUGUUAACCAAAAAACGUUUCGGAACGAAGAUCGGUUUACAGGUUUUAAAAAGCUAUAAUACAAUUAUUAAAAAAACCAAUAAAAAAUCAAAAAACAACUUUCUUAUUCACCAACAGGAAUAAAAAUUCAACAAUAAUGAUUUCUUGUCGUCAUUUUUUUAUUGGAGGAAUAUUUCUAGUAGAAAAACAAAGUGCAAAAAUUUAAAAUAAUGAAAUCGUAAUGCCACAAAUUGUACAGUUUUCAUUUUACAUUAAAUAUGAUUAUAAUUUUAUAAUUCAAUUUGAUUAAUGCAAUAAUUUGUCUUUUUUAGCAACCCAGAAUGACAUAACUAUACUAAGAGGAAAUCUCCCAUAUGUUUAUAUAUAUGAUAAUCAAGGGCACUCAAAAAUGAAAAAAAGUAUAAAACCAAAACACGUUAGCAAAUUUGUAAACGAACUAGUAUCAUUAAUAAACGAUGAUAAAAUAGACGUAAUGAUUUUUGAUCACUUUGCACCGGUAAAUAUUUUUUUUAAUAUUCAAUUAAUUUUUAAAAAUUAAAAAUUUAUCUUCCUUGUUAAUUAUUAGGAAUCGUAUUGGUCGAGGAAAAAUAAAGAUAGUUUUCAAGACCACCUUGUAGAUUUCUUUACAAAAUUGAAAUCAAAUUUUCCAGACAAAUUAUUUGGACUGUUCCUUCCUAAAGAAGAAAAAUAUUUAAAAAAAGGUAAUCUUAUACAUAAGGUCCUAUCUUAAGAGGAUUUCGGGUUUUUUAAUAAAAUGAAAACACCACAUAUUUAUAGUUUACAUCACCUUCCUCCUACUAAAAUUAUUUUCCACUUACGGCCAUACUUGUUCUUCGUUUUUCAUUCCUCAUUUUUUCUUAUACGAUACUCUUCAUUUAAAGCAAUGAAAUUAUAAAUUUGAGACAUUUUAAAGCUUUUUAUAGAAAAUCUAAUAUUUUUGUUGUAAUUCAGUUAAAAAUUAAAAUUUGGGCAGAAAAAUUAUAUUUGCCUUUUUUAGACGUGGUAAGAUUUUCAAAAAAUUUAAGCUAUUUUUGAGCUAUUUUUUAUUCGGUAGGUACUCUGUAGUAAAAUUGUUAGACUGAACAAUAAUGCUUUAAAAGUCUUACAUUAUGGUAAAAAAAAAAAAUUAUGAGUUUAAUGCAUUGCUCUUUUUUAUACAGACAUUUUAAUAUCAAAUUUUGACAAAAAUAGAUCGAAUAAAAAAUUAUGUGGAACAAAUCUAAUUUUUUAAUUAUAUUUGAUCAUAUGUAUAUUGCCGAUUUAAGAAUGAUUGUGAAGUCAGAAUUGAACUGAAUUAUUAAGUUUCGAAAUUAUAGCUGUUUAAAGUUUUGAUAUUUACGGAUAUUAUAUGUUAUGUUAAAUAACUCUAUAGUGUCUUCAUUAAAUUAUGUUUGUCGUAACCGAAUGGAUAUACAUACCUAAUUAUCAUCCUAGGGUACACGAGUUCAAAACCGUGUUUCAAAAAAUAUUAUUUGCAUUAAUUUUUUCCUUUUCGCAAAAUACCCCUCAAUUUGUUGUGCAAACUUUUCUACCAGAAAUCUUGCUUUGAUGAAUGAAGUGUGUAUAGUUUAUUUUCUGAAAGGAAAUUUUAUUUCCAUGGUAAUUUAGGGAAAACUUUUUGAUUUUCCAAGUGGUUUUUCAUAAUAUCUGGAAAAAAUCGCAAAAAACAAGAAAAUGUACGGAUUAUAUUAUUUUUUUACUGUAUACAACUUUUCUAUCAGCAAUUUUGUUUCGAUUUACGAUGAUCGAACUUUUUCUAAAAGAAAGUUUCACUGGGGAGGUACUUUAGGGAGGUCGUUUUUCAAUUGUUUCUGGAAUUUUCUCAACAAAUGUGAAAAACCGGGAAAAACAUGGUAAAACCAUGAAAAACGAGAAAAUCGGUAUAUUUUAAACAAGUAUUAUUAUAUAAAAUAUAUAAUGCCUAUUUAAUUGUUUUAUCAUAAUAUGACAAAUAUUAUACAGAGUGAUUUUUUUAUCAAACAACACUCAUUAUUUCAAAAAGUAUUGACUUUUAUCGAAUUUUUUUUUCUGUUAAAUUAAAAAAUAAAUAUUUCUAAAAUGUUAUAUCAUUUUUUUUUUUUUUUUUUUAUGCCCCUUAUUUUUGGCAGUGAAACGACUACCCACUUUUGAUUUUCAAAUAGCAACCUAUAUUUAAAUGCCCUUAAUAAAUGGAGUAUUAUUUAGGGCAUUUUCAAAAAAAUCAUCCUGUAUAUUGUUGACAAAGCAUCACUAUCUACUGAACUGCGCUCAAAAUUGUUUUUUUCGUUAGCAAUGGUUUAUCGUUGCUUACAGAUAUACAUUAAAUUACCUAUAACAAUGUCUGCACCCAUCUCCAUUAUCCUAAGACAUCUUUUAUUUAUUAUACAGAUUACGCAAAUAUGGCAUAUGGAACGCGAUAAUACACUAUAUCCAAUUGAGUAAAAUAUAUAUCAUAAUAUAUAACACUAUUUGUAUUACCUGCGAGUUUGUUCAUUUUUAUAUGUCUGUACAGUUAAGUGUGUAUAGACAUUGUAUAUUUCGGUCCAAUUUAGUGCCUCCCGUUUUCAAACAUUUUGAUUUUCAUCCCUACUUUACAUAUUUUAUGGAUGGAAUUUUCAAAAAUUCUUCUCUAUGAACCAGUUAGUGAGUCAGUUUCUUCUCUAAUUAUUCAACAAACUUCAGUGUUCAAAGUUUCUAACUUGUUUAUGUUGAUUGUAUAAUCGGAUUCGAUAGUCGGCGGAACUAAUAUUAAAACUGCGGAAUCGAUAUCCCCCAUUAUUAUAAUCUACCUAAUGUUAAUCAUUAAUAUAUGUUUGUUUUUAGGGUUUGAUGUUUCUGUUAUAGACAACGUUGUUGAUGUUUAUUUAGUUAAAUCCAUUGGUUAUAAAAAAUGCAAAAAACGAUUUCCUAUAAGGCAUACUCAUCAAGAAGACAUGCGCACUGUUGAUCCGUCAAAUAAUCUUGUAAGAUAAUUUUGUUUGUAAUAUUAUUAUAAACUGAUAAAAAACUUUAAUUAGAACAGUUUUUUUCAAAAAACUAUAACAUUUUAAAAAGACGAACACACUUCGCACAAUAAGUCAGUAACGCAUUUACAGGGGGAAGGGGGGUGAAUGACCCGAAUGACCCCAACAACAAAAUAUUAACAGUUUUAAAGGCGGUAGUUUUAUUAAGUGUAUUCAUUUUUGUUUUCAUCACAAAAUAUAUAACAUUUAAUAGAUUAAUAGAUUGAUCUAUGAGUUUAUUUGUAUAAGUAAUAGGUAAUUUUUGUAAACGCUGUUGAAUAAAAGGACCGAGAAUGAAUUUAUGUCUAGUACGAUCGCCUUUUGUAAAGAAUUUUUUCUAUACUGUGUUGUCUACACUUUUUACUCCCCCAAGCAUAGAUAUAUAUAAUAAACUAGAUUGCUAGAUAGCCUGUAUAGUCUGUGUAUUACGUUGAAGUCAACAUCCGCUAUUUAAAUCGAGGCCGGAACGCCUUAUCAGUUAUUAUUUAUUUAUUUUUUGUAUUGUAAAUUGUAAUAUAAUCAAAAUAUUAAUUUAAAAAUUAGAAUAUUUCAUUUCUAAGUAGAGCGAAGAAUCUUAUGGUUUUACAAAAAUGUUUACUGUUUUCUUUUUUUUAUCUGUGCGCAAGUUUUCUGGUAGAAAAGUUGCUCGGAUUUCUACGUAUAGUAUCUUUUUUAAAAGGACAUUUCACUAGCAAGCUACUAAAGAGGUCCUUUUUUGUUUUUCAAAUAGUUUUUUCAGCAAAUGAAAAAAAAAAGAAAAACCAGGAUAAAACAUGGGAAAACAUAAGAAAAUUUGGUAAAUCCGUACAACAUUAUACAAAUUUUAUUUAAGAAAAUAUAUAAAGCCUAUUUAAUUAUUUUACUUUAAAAUGGCAUAUAUAUAUUAAUAACAAAGCAACACUAUAAACUGAACUCCGCUCAGAAUCAUUUUUUCGUAAGCAAUGGUUUAUCGAUGCUUACAGAUUCAUGCUUAAAUUCCCGUCUAUAUCCUACAUUCCCAACUUCCCACCUACAUCAGUGGCUGCACCUGUCCCCAUUAUCUUACCUUUUUUAGUUUUAUAUCUUAAAUUUAGUUAAGCUUUACGUUUUAUUAAAACGUUCAUCAUUUUUUUUACAUCAGUAAAUAAUUAUCAAAAAAGAAACAUUCAUUAUUGGUAGAUACUUUUAUAACAAUAAUAAUAUGAUUAAUACAAUGCUUAAUGAUUGUAAAAAUAAUAAAAUAAAGCGCAUGUUAUAAAACAAAAUUGUUUUUGUAAGUUUAUUUCAUUUGCUUGCUUGUUAAUUUCAAUAAAACAAUAAUGUAUUCAAAUUAAUGUAUCAUUUAUUUGUUAAUUUUUGUUAUAUUUACAAAUACAUAUUUUUUAUAUCCAUAAUCCAUAGCAACUACACAUCUCUAUAUUUCUCAUCUUAUUUAUACUAAGGUCACAGUAUCUAUUAUUUAGUGUCGUAAAUAAAUAUAUAAAUAAAAAAUUAAUAAAUUAAUAAAUGUGUCACCUAGAGUAUUAUUUUAAGUGUAUUAUACGACCAGAUUCGAAUUAAAAAUUCAUCAUUAUUUAUAUCACAGUCAAAAUUUAAAAAGCGACUGAAUAUAAAAAUAAAAUGAAGGAAUACAAAGAAAAAAGUACAUAUUACAAAAAAUUAAAAACCAAUAAUAGUCAUGAAUAAUAUUGUGAUAAUGUGAUUAAAAAUUAUCAAUUGAUAAUAUAUCUGUUGUUCCGACAUCAAAUUAAAUGGCGAAACUAAAUUUCUUAUGUUAUCACUAGUUAGCAAUCUAGUCUAUUAUGUAUAUAUAUCUAUGCUCCCAAGUAAUAAGUAAUAACAAUAUAAUUUUUGAGGGCUAAAAUAACUAUGUAUUUAUUUUUUUAAUAAUUUUAGGAGGGGCUAACUCCCAAUCUUCGUCUGUUACUUUGUUAUAGCCAGACAACAAAUUUCGUUUACGUGUGAUACAUAUUUAAUUUGUAAUUGAUUAAAAUAUCAAAUAAAAUUAUUAAAAAUGAACAAUAAUUUAUUUUUGUAUUUUCUAUCAUUACUACUUUUAGAUUAAUAAUUGUUAAUAUUUUACUUUCAGGAUUUUACUUUAAAAAUGUUAAUGACUUUAGGAUAUGAUUUAAAAAAAUGCCUAUUGGAUAUACGUGUUAUUGUAAAUACUGUUAACUGGUGGCAUUCUAAUACCAAGAAUGACAUAUCAUACUCAAAUGUAAGUACUAUAAUGCAUUAAUGUUAUAAUUUAAACGUGCCGAAAAACCUUUAUCGCUUUAAUUUAGUUACUAUAAUUUUUGGUGCACAUUAAACCAAAGUACCAAACGCAAGCAUACUCGAUAUGUAUUUAUUAUACCGAAUACAUUUUGAUGGGGACAUUUUUAGUUUCCGUCAAUCCGUUAACAAGAUAUUCUACUUUUAUGUUUGGGCACAGAAUAUACAAAAUAUGCACUUGCAUACCCUAGGAGUAGUUUUUUGUUUUAGAAGGCAUAUGAAUAAAGUCUCAUUUCAAAAUAGUGAUGAUGAGGUAUGGACGUGUUUUUUAAUAAUCCAAGAAAAUAUUAUUUGAAUUGGUGUUAUUAUUAGUGUAAAUAUGUUUACCACGUGGAUGCUAUCAAGUUACUUAUUCUUGAGUUUAAUUUCUUUUUUUUUAUGAGUAUUAAUUAGACUAGGCAUAGAUAUAAUGUUGCAUUUAUAAAUUAUAUGAGGAAAUUUUAAAAUAUGAUAUAUUAUUUUCUAAAAAAAAGUAAUAACAAUAAUAUGUUUAUUAGUGGCAGUACCAGGAGUGAGCCAGGGUGGGCCACGGCACAUUCUAAAAUCUUCCCAAACUUCGGCCAGCCCACCUUGUAUGAUUACAAAGUAAUUUUGUUUUACACUAAAUAUCAUAUUUUUAAAUACAUAGAAAUAUGAAAAAAUGUAAAGAUCAUAAUUAUAUUUUAGAUUCUGAGUGUAGCGAAGAAUUUAUUAGUUUUACAAAUGUUUAUUUUUUUUUCAUGUAAACAUUUUUUCUACAGGAAAGCUUACUCCGAUGUAUACGAUAUAAACCCUUUUCUGAAAGGAAAGUUUCUUGGAGUGGUACUUAAGGGUGGACAUUUUUCAAUUUUCUCAGAAGUUUUCUCAUUAAAUGUGAAAAAUCAAAAAAAAAACUGAGGAAAACGGGAAAAUGUGGAUAACUUUUCUACCAACAAUUUUACUCCUAUUUACAAUGAUAGCACUUUUUCUGAAAAUAAAUCUAACUGGGAAAGUACUUUAAGCAGGCAAUUUUUUCCCAGCAAAUGUGAAAAACUGGAAAAAAAACAUGGGGAAAUUGGGAAAAACUUAGGAAAAACAGGAAAAUCAAUACAAUAUUAAACAAUUAUUAUUAAAGAAAAUGUAUAUUUAUGUAUUUAUGUAAUUAUAUAAUGCCUAUUUUAUUAUUUUACCAUAAUAAUCUCCACGGAUUGAUACAAAGGUAUCAAGAAAAAUGUUGGCCUCAGUCACUAAUAUCGGUAAUAAUCCAUAGAUAAUAAAUCAAUAUUUAAUACCUAAAUCGCUAAAAUAUUGUAAUAAAAUCCCUUAAACUUAAUCAAAUUACAAAAUGAUUGUUUUAUCCUAUAAACUCAAUUAAGCUAUCUACACAUUUUAAAUGUGUUAUAACAAAUCAAUAUUAGCAUACUCUUGCAUCCUGCAAAUGACGCCACUGAUUAUACUAGUGGGUUAACGCAGGUUCUUAAUGGCUAUUAAGCUAAAGAUGUCAAACACCUCAUAAUAUCGGAUAGUAAUAAUUGUAUACGAAUCACUGGGGCCCAACCCUAUAACUAGGUGUAGCAGUCGCUAAACCUUGAAAAUAAGAGGUAGAUGCAGGAUGAGUAUAAUAACAUAAUAUAAAUUACUUGAAAUAUAUUCAUUACUAAUGCUGCGCCACGCCACUGACUGGGUGACUGAUGGUCACUUCAGUAAUUGUUGGUAAAGGCGAAAAAGAAAUAAACCUACCUGUGUUCGAUGCCCGACGGAAAUGUAUCAUUAUAUUUUUAUUGCAUACCGAAAAACAGCGAUGACACAGACGGGCGACGGCCGACCAAAUGCAGUCUGCCUAGUGCCUAGCGUACUAUAAUAAUAUUAUUAUAAUUAUUAAUUAAUAUCGUUAUCGACGUUAUUAUCGUCGUCAUCGAACGGCGACGAUGCCACAAAACAUAACCAAAAUAAACUCAAGUUUUACAAUAUUAUUACAGUCAUUCCUUAUAAUAUUUCCAUUUCAUAGUGACAGUGAUAGUGUUUCUGUUUAUAUUUGCAAACGUAUGAACUGUUUGUCUGUUUAUUAAUUUAUUGUUCUGUCUAAUUUCAUACCGUUCACUCGAGUAUUGAGUAUUGACUAUUAAACGUGCUUAGAAUAAAUAAAAUCAACUGAUUUAUCUAGUUUGUACCGUCCAGUUGCCUUUUUUCUUUCAAUUUAAAUCACUAAAUUAGUAAGUACCUACAAUUAUUGUAAUAUUAAUUAGAGUAUUAAAUAUUACCAAUAGUUAGUUAAAUAUGUCAAUUUUUAAUUUUUAUUUUAUAGGUAGAUAUUAAUUGUCAUUUUUUUUUAAAUAAAUACCUAGUAAAUAGUUACGUGUUUUUUUUUAUAAAUAUUUUAUAAAUUUCAUCUUUGACGUCAUUCAAGAUGGUUGAAAAGUGUAUUUGCUGAAAACUAAAAACAAAAAAAAUCAAUGAUACUAACUGGAUGCGACAUUUAGAUACCUGUCAAUCAUCAAAAAUUAAAUCAAAUAAUACUAAUAUUACUUCUUAUUUUACAAUUGGAUGCAAUAAAAACAUUAUUAUGGAAGGUAAAUUAUAUUGGUACCAUUAAAAAGUAUAACUUAAUAUUAAAACUUUUUAAAAUAAAAUUAGUUUUCAAUUUUUGUACUAUGAUUAAUUUACCAAUAAUGAAUAUUUGUAAAAGUUGAUAUUAAUAAACAAAUAAUAUUAAUGAAAUAAAUAUAUUAAUGGUGAUUGGUAUUUUAUUUGUUUAUUGUUGAAUUAUGAAAUCAUUUUAACAUAACAUUUUAUACUUAGAAAUUUAUACAGUGGUCGAUUCUGGAGUUAAUGACCUAGUAUUAAAGCCAACAGAUUAUAAGAAAAAUGACAAUGUGGAUAUUUGUAAACCAGACUAUAGUAAUGCCAUAGCCGAAGGUUCCAGUUAACUCAAUUCCACAAGUUGCAGGUAUAUUUAAUUUUGAAAUUGAAUAGGCAUUUGUUAAAAGGGAUCUAUGUUACAUUUUAACAACUUUUCAGGAUAAACAAAAACUACUUUUCCCUUUUAGAUUCCGAACGUAGCAUGAGAGCUAUUGGUUUUACUAAGAUGUUUAUUUUCUUUAUUUUUUUCCUUUGUUCUAGUCUGUGGACACGUUUUUUCUUAGUAAGCUUGCUCCGAUUUUUACGUGUAGCAACUUUUCCAAAAUAUCAAGUUGUCUAGAUGGUAGGUAUUGACUUUCAGCGCCAUUAUUUAAAUAAAAUUCCUAUUUAAAUAGGAAAAAACGUGGGAAACCAUACAAUUUCACGACUUCAUUAUUUUAUAAAAACACGGACGACAUUUUCUAUUAGAAAAAAUGGUUUAGUCGAAAAAUCACAAGUUAUCUUUUUAGGUGCCUUUUUGAUGUACUUUCUAACGGUGUCAUCGCCAAAACUUUUAAGCUUUUAAGGAAUUUUAAUUUUCGGGAGUUUUUGUAAUUUGGUUAUAAAUAUACGUAGAGACUUGAAACUUGGUAAUACGAGGUGUGGCUAUUAAAUAACGAGACUGGUUACGAAAAAAUGUUUUAUUAUAAAAAUUAUUCUACAUUCAAAUGUUCCCCUUCAAUAUACUUCCCUUCCCUCGCCACACACCUUUCCAUACGUUUUUUCCAUUGAUCAAAGCAGUGCUGGAAGUCUUCUUUGGUAAGGGCCUUUAGGAGCUCUGCCGUUUUUUGCUUUACCGCUUCUAUCGACUCAAAUCAGGUCCCUUUCAAAGCAGAUUUUAUCUUUGGAAACAAAAAAAAGUCGCACGGUGCCAAAUCUGACGAGUACGGCGCGUGUUCAAGCACUGGAGUGCGCUUACCGGCCAAAUACUGCUUCACAGAUAGCGCGUUAUGGGCAGGUGCGUUGUCCUGGUGCAAAACUCACGAGUUGUUCUUCCACAACUCGGGCCGUUUCUUACGGACUCUUUCUCGCAGUGUUGCCAAAACUGAUAAAUAGUAUAUCUGGUUGACAGUCUAACCCUCUGGAACCCAUUCAGUCAUCACGAUACCGUUAAUGUCAAAAAAAACGAUCAACAUUGCCUUAAAUUUUGAUUUGGACAUCCUUGCUUUUUUGAUUCUGGGCGAUUCAGGUGUCUUCCAAUGCAUCGAUUGUCGCUUUGUUUCAACAUCGUAUUGAAAAAUCCAUGUUUCGUCGCAAGUUAUAAUGUUUUUCAUCAGUCCGGGAUCUUCUUUUAACUUUUCAAGGAAAUCUGAGCAGACCUGUUGACGCAAGAACUUUUGGUCAGGAGUCAGGUUUUUUGGCACCAACUUCGCACAGACUUUUGUCAUAUGUAAUUCCUCAUGUAAAAUUUUUCUAACCGUUUCUUUAUCGGCGUUUACAGCCUCGGCAAUCAUCCGGAUGCUCAUUCGACGAUCUGCACGCACAAUUUGGUUGAUUUUGGUCACUGUUUCCGGAGUUGAAACAGUGACAGGGCAACCUGGGCACUGGUCAUCUUCAGUGCUCUCUCGACCCUCACUGAAGCACUUAUACCACUCAAAAACACGUGCACGAGAUAGAGAAUUGCCUCUAUAGGCCUCUUGCAACAAUUUAUAGCACUCGGUUGGAGUUUUUUUCAAUUUAACGAGAAAUUUGAGAUGGAUACGUUGCUCCUGUUUUUCGUCACACAUGGUUUUCGGCACGAAAAAAAACACGUUCGUUUCAAACCACUACUGCACAAAGACUAUAAUAGUGACGAAAACGUGUUUUGGUACGUACAUAGAUAAGAUAUCUAGAUACCCAACGCAUUACUCGUUCUUUUCACUACCCAUCUAGGGCGCCCUCUAGACGAGCAGUCUCGUUAUUUAAUAGCCACACCUCGUAAUACUUAUAUUGGACUUACCUAAACGUAGUAAAAUGUCUAAAAUCAUCGAACAACUUUUUUUGUUUCUUAAUAAGCGUGUUUUAAAAUCAAAUUUAAAUAAAAAUCUCAAAAAUUAUGUAUUAUUGCGCUCGAAAUCGUCUUUUGUUAAGCAGUGGUUUAUCGUUGCUUACAGAUAUAAAUGAAAUAACCUUUGUAUCCUACCGUCCCAACUUCUCACCUACAACUUCAGUAUCAACUCUUUUUUAAAUUUACAAUACCUAUAUCAUAAACAUACCUUUUUAAUAAAUUAUGAGUAUUUCAAAAUAAUUUCACAUGGGCAAUAUGAUACGACGAAGGUUAAUAUAAAACGAUGUGUUUAUAUAUGAAGAUAUAUAUUUACCAUAAAACUAUUUUAGCCAAGUAUGUUUUUUCAUAUUUUAAGUCAUAAAAUAGAUACUAAUAUAAUGACAUUAGACAAUGAUCCACCCAAACUAUGUUUACUAAAAUAUCAAAUUAUGAAUUGAUUAACAAAAUAUUAGAAAUAAGUCUAUCACAACCUACUGUUGACUUUCAUAGUAAAAAGCAAUUUCAAAUAAAUAUAAAAGGUAGAAGAUUUCAUUCCGAAUAGUAUAACAAAAUUCUUCCAGAUGGAAAAAGUGUAGAAAAUAGAAAUUAAUUUAGCUAUUCUAUUACCAAUGACCAUAUUUAUUGUAUAUUUUUUUCUUCUUUUGAUAACCAACCAAAUACUGCAUGAACGAAAAAUAGUUUCAACGUAUGGUCUAGAAGAUUAAAUGGUAUCAGAACAUCAGAAUGUACUAAAAAUCACAUAGCAAGUUCAAUUUUAUUAAGACAGUCAUUUUUACCAAUAAUUCCUUCAUUGCAAUAUUGUAAAAAAGUGUCAACAAAUUGUGAAAUUGUGAAACAAUUAAUUAAUAUUACGUUAUACCUUGGUAGACAUAGAUUAGUGUUUCGUGAAGGAUGGUAUGAACAAAACAAAGGAAACUUUAAAGAUCUCAUUAUACUUAUUUCCAAAUAUUCACCUAUUAUGGCUCAGUAUAUUACUGAAAUUAAAAUACAAAAACACAAAAGUAAAUGUUCAUUUAUCUCUUGGAGUAAACACAAUUUGUUAAUUAAUAUAAUUUCUGAAUGUAUGCAAUAUUCAUAGAUGAAGAAAUAGUUUGUACUAGGUUUUUUAGCAUAUCAAUUAACAGUGAUUUUGACAUAUUGAGAAAAAAACAAGUUUCCUAUGUCAUUAGAUAUGUUCAAAACGAUAUUGCCACGGAACACUUUAUUGCUUUAAAAGAAUCUUCGAACACACAAGGGGUGGAUUUAGCUGAACUUUUCUGUAGUGUCUGUACUAAUCACAAUCUUGAUAGGAAAAAUGAUUUAGUCGGGCAAGCUUAUGAUGGAGCAGCAAGUAUACUUGGACAAUGUACUGGUUUACAAUCAAUUAUUAAAAAUCAGAAUGCAAGUGUAUGAUGCUGGGCCCAUAUAUUAAACCUAGUAGUUAUUGAUGCUGUUUCCUCGAGUAACAAUUCUACGGAUUUAUUUGGAAAUUUGGAAGAAAUUUUUGAUUUUAUUUGUUCGAUCAAAAAAAAAUUUCUUUAUACGAAAAAAUCAAAAAAAAAUUAAUCCAAAAUUACUAAUAAGAAGAAUUAAAAGAAUUACUACUACACGUUGGAUGUCACAUUACUAUGCAUUAUGCACUGUAUUCAAAACAUUUAAUGCUUUGAUUGAAACACUUCAAGUUAUUAGAGAUAUAGAACCAGAGGACAGACGAUAUGGUAUCACUGCUGGUGGUUUACUUAAAUACUUUACAUCUGAAAUAUUUUUGUUAAUAGCUUAUAGCUUUGAAAGUAUGUUUAAAAUUUUAGGUAAAGCAUCUCAACACUUCCAAAAUCCAGAUUUUGAUAUUUACUGUGCUACCGUGUUGAUAGAAGACAAUUCGGAAUCCUUAAAUUAACUUCGAACAAAUUAAUUAUUUAAUGAAAUCACUGAUCAAACAAAAAAGUUCAUUAUAGAUAGUGGUUCCGAUUUUGAACCUUUACCUCAACAAAGAUCUUAUAAGCUAAGACAAAUGGCCAAUGAAAACAUUAGAGAUGAAGUAAUUCAUCCUAUACAAUAUUUCAAAAUUUACACAUACUUUUCAGCUUUGGGCUGUAUAAUAACUCAGUUAACAGAAAGGUUUAUUGGCAACAACAAUACUUCAUCAAAUAACUCAAAAAUAGAAAUAUUUUAAAAGAAUAGUUUGUUAAUUGAUUAAUAUUAUAUUAACUGAUAUGUAUAGGUAUUUUAAUAUUUCUUAAGUACAAUAAACUUUUUAUUUCUGAUUAUUUUGCAAUCACGGUUCUCUUAAAAUUAUGUGUCCAACUAUGUUCGUUCACCAUGUACAAAAUUGCAUUUACAUUACCUGUGGAAAGUGUAGUGAUGGAAAGAAGUUUUUCCAAACUUAAAAUUAUUAAAAACAGACUUCGUUCUACCAUGUCCAAUGAUAGACUAGAAUCACUGAUGAGAAUAAAUUGUAAGCAAGAUAUUGAUAACACACGUGUAAUUGAUAAAUUUAAUCUAAAAUUAUUAUCGUUGAUUAAAAAUAUUACAUUUUAAUUUUAAUCAUUAAAGUGUAAACUAUUACUUCUAAUUCAUGAAUAAACGAAUAGUCAAAACAGUCAUACAUGUAUUAUUUACAUGUAGUAUAUGUAUUAGUACUUAUGAUAUAACUAGUUAUUAAACAUAAAAUAAUAUUGUUACUACAACCGCACUUUAUAUUAUAAUUAACAUUGAUGAAUAAGGUAAGCUGUUUUGCAAGAUUUUUUAAAUAUUUUUAUUUUGAAGGUUUUAAUAAAUUUAAAAAAUAUAAUGCCUGUUACAAUUGGUAUGUAUAAUAUCUAUUUAAAAAUAAAUACACCUUAUUCUGACAAAACACAAAUUAUAUUGGUAGGUACCUUAACAUUUACUAGUAUUAUCAAUUAAAAUAUGAUAAAAUAAUAUAAUUUUGAAUUUUUUAGAGGGUGGGAGGGUGGGUAAAAUUAUUUCUUCCUACCCCUGAAAUAUAUAUUUUAGGUGCCACUGAUUAAAUGUCACUGGAUAUUUUUGCACCGGACUAAAUUUUGUUGAAUAUUUCUGUACCUGACUAAACGUCCAGGAUAUGUUACCAAACAAUACUUCUUGAAUCAAUUGAUGUGCCAUCAAAUAUCGUACAUAUCUAUAAUAAAUAUUCAAUCUUCCUUAGUAUACGUUUUUAUUAGAUAAUAUAAAUACAUAAUAAAUCAAAUAACUAAAUUAUAAUAAUUGUAUAUUUAAUAAAAAUCAGAUUAUUUACUAAUAGGUUUUUUUUUUCAGUUGUGUUCACAUGACCCCAGUUCGAAACGGUCAAAAUAUUGUUCAGAAAUUUUGAAUGGUUUCUACGAAAAAGUAAGAACUCAAUUUAUUUUUCAUUGUAAAACAAUUUAUUUCAAAAUUAAAUUUUCUCUAGCAAUAUUUAUUAAGUUCAAUAAAUAAUAAGUAACCGUAUUAAAUGAUACUGGUUCAACGUUCUUCAACAAAAGAUCUAAAUUUUUUUCAAUCAUUAUGGAAUCGUUUAAGCUUUUUUCAAUAGUAAUACAUUUUUUAAACCCAGAUUGAAAUAGAGGACAUUUUUCUAAACAUUUUAAAAGGUCUAAAACAGUGGUGGCUCGUUAUUCAGACAGAAGGACGAUCACACCCCCUGCGUAAAAUUGAAGGAAAGGAAAAUUACAACUUUAUUUUAAAUUUAUGAAAAUUGUAUUAUUCAAUUGACAACCACUAAAUUUAGAAAAUAAUAACAACGUAAAAUUUCAAUUUUAAUUUUGACGUACCAUGUGCAUAUAGUUUCAUGGAAGUACCAUAAUACAAUACGCUGAUACGCAUAAAGUGGCAAGUGCGUGUAAAAGCAGUCGUCAUGUACCUAUUAUAGUAGAGAUAAAACGCGACGUUGUCCAAGCCGAAAUCCAAAAUAAUCUAAUUACACAUAGCACUGCGUAUGAUCAUGUGUAUACCAAUAAAUUUAAACUAGAUACGAUCAUUAAUUAAAUAUACAUAGAUAGCCCACGCAACGUAAAAAACUGUUAAUAUGAAAUCGGAAUAACGGAAAUCAAAAAUAAUAAGCCCGUGAUCGGAAAGCGCCAGUAUAGUUAUUGACACUAAUACAUUUCUGAUGACAACCAUGAUUUUUGUGCUGGCUUGUGUUAGUGUUUACAACAAUUUUGAUUAGCGAUAGAUGAUAAUGUUUAAUCCAACGGAUUUGACGAUCAUAUGACUUAAUUAUAUGACUUAGAGGCUUAAAGCCUCUAAGAAAAUUGAUGGUCCAUGAUAAGUGGAUCAUAUUAUAUUUUUAAACGUAUUUUCCCCUCAUAUUCGUUCGAAUUUUAUCAAUUUUCUAAGUGUAGCCAAGAAGCUAUUAGUUUGACUAUCAUGUGUAUGUUUUUAUUUUUUUCGAAAAAAAAUUGUUGGUUAGUUAAUAUACUCACAUUAUUUUAAUUGUGCUCUCUAAACGAUUUUCCCCUAGGCGCUACUUUAUUUAAAAACAAUUUCUAGAUUCCCAACAGUUUUUCUAUACAAUUCAAUGAACUCCCAAUAAAAUAGUUCAGAAUCAUUUUUAAAUUCCAAGCGUAGUGAGGGAGCUAUUGGGUUUACAGUGCUGUUUAUUUUGUCUAGUUUAUGUACAUGUAUUUUACUAGUAAACUUGCUCCAAUUAGUACGUAUAGCAAUUUUUUCCAAGUUGUUUAGAUUGUACUUUAAACAGGUAAUUUUUUUAUUUUUGACGCCAUUUUUUAAAUAAAAGCACUUAGGAGCACACUUAAAAGCACAGUAGGAAAAAACGUGGGAAAACGUACAAUUUCACGAUUUCAUUAUUUAAAAACUUUAUAAAAAACAUGGACGACGUUUUCUACCAGAAAAAAUGGUUUAAUCGAAAAAUCACAAGAUACCUUUUUUGUUGCCUUUUUGAUUUACUUUCUUAUAGUAUCAUCAUGGUAUGACGGCUAAUCGUCGAUAUAACGAACUUAACCAAACAAACACUUGCCCGUUAUUUUUUGUCGUGCAUGUACUUUAAAAUGUACACAAGGUAAAUAUGUCGUCUAUUUAUAAGAAUUUAUAGUUAUAGCAGGUUUUAGAUUAAAAUUCUAGUGGAACACAUUUUGAUUUGGGAUUGUAUUAAAUCAUAUUUGUACACAAAUGAAAAAAUAGUAGUCAUAAUUUAAGUUAUAGUAGUUAAUAUGUAAACAAAACAAAUUCGAAAUAGCCACAAACCUAAAUAUAGCAGUCUUCAAUUUAUACUUAAUUAACACCAGAACUAAACAAAUAAUAAUAAACCACCAUAGAUGGUAAUUAUGAAAGUUUUCAAUUUUCAGAAUAUUACGAAAAUAUGACUAUUUUAAGUCAAUACAUCGAUAUUUAAAAGAAAAACAUUAUUUGUCACUGGUGUAGGUGAGAAGUUGGGAAGGUGUAGAGAGAAAAUUUAAUGUAUAUCUGUACGCAACGACUAAUUAUGUCUAAAGAAAAAACGAUUUUGACCAGAGUUCGGUUGAUACUGUUGCUUUGUCAACAACAUAUAUGUUAUUUUCUAGUCAAAUAAUUUCAUAUUUCAAAUGUUUGUAUUUCGUGAGACUUUACAUCUUAGAUGUAAAUAUUAUGUAAAAUAAAUUAAAGAACAUUAAAUACUUACUACUGUAGGAAACUGAUUUAAAUGUACAUAAAAUCCGCAAAAAUACGUUUAAAUCGUCAUAAAAGCACUUAAAAAUAAGUCGUAAUAGGGUUUUAAGGUUCCCAUUCUAACUGUUCUAACCCUAUUAAGUACUAUUUUCUAACACUGACAGAUAAUUUACACAAAGCAGUUUUGUAUUUAUAUAUUUUGUUUUGUAUAUAUUUAAAGAUAAUUACUUUUUAAUAGUCGGUUUUUGUAGUGUUAAAAAAUUAUUUUUAAUAAGUUAGAAACAAUAGAUGGGGAACGUUUUAAACUCCUGCAUAUAUUGGUCUUUUAAAUAUUUUUUUAAUGGUUUUUUUAAGGCUAUUAUGACGUUGUUAAGCGUUUUUUUUUUUUGUGAAUUUUUUGUAUAUAUAAAUCUGUUCCUACUUAUUAAAAAUUAUCUACUUGUGAUUUAUCCUAUUAUAGGGACAAUUAAUCUCUAAAUACAAAAUGGCCGGAGCUUUCAUACAAUCUAUUGAUCGUGAUGAUCAUAAUUGCUCUUGUACCUGUGGACUUUUUCCGGCGACACAAUGCAUUAGCGCUGGUUUAAAAGGUCUCGUAGCACCCUCACUAGUUAAAUGUAUAGCAUGGGGACUCCCACCCAAAGACCGUGGGAAUAUACCUUCAGACGACGACUCCAGUGUUGAUGACGACAGUACUACUAGCGACAGCGGCCCUCCCCCGGAUCUAACACCUGCUGCAGGUCAACCUGGUGGAGAUCCGGCAGAUUCUAGUGAAUAAUACUCGAAUAAAAAUAAUUGUGAGCUGCUAUAAAUAACAUAAAAUACAGAAAAUCUCAAAUAUUGGAGAUUUCUACCAUGCGUUGAAGAAUAUAAACGGAAUUUGGCACUUGUAAUUUAAUUUAAUUUAAUCAAUAAAUAGGUAAGUCUUAUUCAAUACUAAUUUUAUAUUCAUAAAUAAUUCUGAUAUUGUUUUGAUAAAUUAAUAAAUGAGCAAUGAUUUUUGUAUGAUAUUUCAAUUACACUAAUUCUAAUUUAUUAGAAGGAAAAAAAACUUUUAUUUUAUUUCCAUGUUUAUACUAUUCUAACAUGUGGAUAAUUAUUUUAUUAAAAUAAGUUUUAUGUCUAUUUUUAUCCAUAAAUACCUUAUAUUGGGUACCUAUUUAUAGGUACUACUUAGUAAGCAUUUUGAAAUUCAAUAUUCAAUAUUAUUUAAUACUAGCUUUAUAAAUACUUUUUAUUUAGUUACAUUUACAAAUAUAAUACAUACACACGUAUGUAACGUAACUUCUUAAAUUUAUAAUAUAGAAAUGAUAAACAAUUACUGUUACGUAUACAAGCAGAUCUAAGUUCAACCCAAGUUAAACCUGUAAUGUUUAAAUAUGAGCAUUUCUACACUAUUGUUAGUGACUGUUGAUCAUGUAGCAAUACACUUAAAACUUACGAAAAUGAAUUUCUGGUAGGUAACUAUUGGGGAAAUACUAAAAACCCUACAUAAUGAAUCAUAAAUGGAUUGUAUAUAAUAUUCAAAACAAAUAAAUUUACACGAUAACUAACUAAUAAUGUAAAUAUUAUCAAAAAAAAACAAAAUGAACAAAAUAAUAAACAUAGACACAAUGUAAGCGCCCACCUAACAAUGUAUUUUUACUAGUAUAUGUAUUACAAUUGUAUUAAUAAAUAAAGACCAAUCGACCUAUACAAAUAAUAAUAGAUAAAAAUUCAUCGUAACAUCAAUAAAAAAAAAACACAAUAUUUUUAUAAAUAAUUUGAGUAUGCUUACAUAAACAUAACUAGGCCCUCAUAUCACUGAUAACAAUAGAUUAUCACUGAUCCCGCGUGUUACUGUGAUUAUGAAGUUCGUCACUCCGAUAAGCCAAUGCUAUCUAUCUGGCCUAUCUAUUUUCGAGCUUGUUCCACAAAACGUAGACAAUAUCCCAAUACUCGCUGUAUCUGAGCGAUCAAAGAAAAGCGAUCCAUUCACGGGUCCUCCUCUUCCUGGAUGUGCAACACGCAUGUGUUGUCGUUUUCACCUCCAGUAAACCUUCCCCAGGUUCCGUGAUAUCCGUCUGCGCCAUCACUGGUCCAAAAAGUAUCUUCCUGACGUAAAAAUUCCGGUCCCGCUAUAUGCUUCAAACAUGCUAACAAAUCUCGAGAUAGCAUCCCUCGAAAGGCUGAGGCAGCCGUAUUGUCAGUUGUGUCACGUAAGCUCAUUCACACCUGGGUAAUAACGCUUGAAUCUUGGCAACUCGGUUCGUCACGAAAAUGUUACAUUGCUUUUGCUCUUGAGUGAGUCAUGUUAAGGCAACUGUCGAGUUCUUCUAUACUCUGAUUCUAUUAAUGUUAAUUACAUCCCUUAAUAGCUCUAGGUGGUAUGACAAAAGUCUGGCCAGUAGUAACAUCGUGUACAACUCGAGCCACGGAAUGGUAAGUUUAGUGUCUCUUUGCGAUGAUUUCAAGGUGCAACCUUAGUCGUGCACCCGAUAAAAUAAACAUUGAACCUCUUCAGAUUAUCCGCUAUCCGUAAAAACACUGAGGCCGCAUACCCUCACUCGAAUGCGUCCACAAAACCAAUCAACUGCACUUCUCUAACUACGUGAAUAUCGAUGUGACGGAGUAUUAACACUUGUGACAAGAGCGGUAACUCCUCUAGAAAUUGACGCCACUUCACCGCUAACAGAAUGAAUACCGGGGAGUUCCAAUCCAUUUUUUCAACCCACAGAAACACAGGACCUAACGCUCCAUGACGUUUCGAAUCUGAAAGAAAACGUAUCUAUAGUCGCUCAUAUUACACGCUAUAGGAUCGACAGACAACAAGCCACGGACAACAUUUACUGUAUUACUGACUGUCGCCGGCACAACGGCAAUAACAGCAAUGCACCGUCGACAGCCCCUCCCUACCGCUAGAUCUAAGAGAUAAUCUGGAAUGUUUGCGCCUGACCUUAUCGCUCCCGAUAAACCAUUAUCGAUACCGACAGUGACUAUAUAGCAAACUGCAAGCGGCGGAAACAAUCGAUUACGCUCCAAAGUCAGGUUCCGUCAGGUCCGUAGCAUCUGGCUUUUUACCACCUGUCCAGCAAAACUUGUAAAUACGAAACCAAACAUAACAAACUCGAGAACAACUGAUCAUCACCAGAGGAGCGCAACGGUCAUGGAAUCGUUCUAGUCCGUCUUUCGUAAUUCAUCGUUAAAAUUGCCACCGAAACAAAGCCAACCAGUCUGCCAAAUCAUAUUUUAAAACACUAUCACGAGGGAUCAUCUGGACAAACCGAAGGCAUUCUGCAAACAUUACUAACGACAACGAAAGAAUGUCGGUGUUAACCUGUCGGCACCACACGGUUAACAUGGAAUUGCUUAAGGAUGGUUCAGAUAUCAUCAAAUGAGAAUCUCAUCUAACUGACACCAUUGCUCUCCACAAAGAGCAUUCCUAACCAGGGCCUAAUUUAAAGAAACAGAAUCCUUGUGAACUACACAUUUUUAGGGCCCUAUUUGUAUUAAAAAAUAAAUCGGUAAAAAUUAAAAACAAUACAUUUUUUUUAUAUGUUUAAGAGGUAG